CAGACAUCCUCAACCAUCGGACCAAGAAUCCCAAUAAGGCUUAUUGCAAUUUCAACUCCGCAUCAUGGCAGGUCAGCACACCGUCUUCCGUUUGAAACAUCGGAAGGGAUUCGACGGUCUUUAUCAGCAACGAGAAGACGUCCCCAAGAUCACGAAGCACGAGGUUCUUAUCAAGGUCCGCAGUGUUUCUUUGAACUUUCGCGACAUCGCCAUUGCCACGUCGAAAUAUCCAUUCCCAGUUGCAGACAACGUGGUGCCAUGUUCCGACAUGGCUGGCGACAUCGCCGAGAUCGGCGAAAGCGUUCAAGAGCUGAGUGUAGGAGACAAAGUCGUCGCAUCAUUCGAUAUCACCAACCUCUACGGUCCGCAACGCGACUGGAACUAUGGACAAGGCGGCCCUAUCGAUGGUGUACUUCGUCAAUAUGCAGUAUUGCCAGCCUCAGCCAUCGUCAAGGUCCCUUCUGAUUCUCCUCAAACCUAUUCUCAAUGGGCGUCUGUGGUCUGCACGGGUGUCACGGUGUGGAAUGCUUUCUAUGGAAACCUACCUUUGCGCCCAGGGCAAGUCGUAUUGUGUCAAGGAACCGGUGGUGUCUCGAUCACUGCUACAAUCCUAGCGAAAGCAGCAGGCGCUACGGUGAUCAUUACAUCUUCCAGUGACGACAAGCUGGCGCUCGCUAAAUCCAAGUUCGGAGCCGACCACGGAAUCAACUACAAGAGCACACCCGAUUGGGCAGCCAAAGCUCUGGAGUUAACUGGAGGGAAGGGCGUCGACUACAUCAUGGAGAACGGCGGCUCUGGUACAAUUGCCCAAAGUAUCAAAGCAAUCGCUUACGGUGGUAUUAUCAACGUAAUCGGUUUCUUGGCUCAAGCGUCGCAAGAGGAGAUGCCUGAUGUUGCCGGCCUUGCUCUCUCCAAGGGCGCAGUUGUCCGUGGCAUCAUGGUCGGGUCUAAACAGCUCCUGGAAGAAGCGGUUAGGUUCGUCUCUCAGCGACAGCUAAAACUUCCAGUCGAGAAGGAGUUCCCAUUCACCCUUGAAGGUGUUCGAAAUGCAUAUGAGUACCUGGUUUCUGGCCAGCAUGUUGGCAAGGUCUGUAUCAAUGUAGACUAGAUAGCCUUGUGUGCAUUUUUCUCUGAGUAAGUGCACUAGUUGACGAAUACAACAUAUGUACCCG